AUGGCGACCAUCCCUGCUGCCGACUCGCCCAUCAAAGAGGUCCAACUCUCCGCCUUGGUAGUUAUGCGCAUAAUCAAACACGCGACCACCACCUUUCCAUCCCCAGCAACAGGCUGUCUGGUCGGCAUGGACCUCCCCACCGCCCAAAAACUAGAAAUCACCAACUCCUUCCCCUUCCCGGCCUCGAACCCGGACGUGACAGCCGGUCAACAAACCUCCUCCGACCCCUACCAUCAACAGGACCAGGCCUCCCUUGCCCUGGCAGCGCCCCGAGCUAAGAGCAGCGUGAGCUACCAGAACGAGAUGAUCAAGUAUCUGCGGGAAGUGAAUGUGGAUGCGCAGGGGGUGGGAUGGUAUGUCAGUUGUAGUAUGGGGAAUUUUGUCUCGGCGAAUUUCAUUGAAAAUCAGGCUUUUUAUCAGAAGGCGCAGGAUGAGAGGACGGUGGCGUUGGUGUUUGAUGUCAGCCGGAGUAGUCAGGGGAGUCUGAAUCUGAAGGCUUAUCGGUUGAGUCCAGCGUUCGUGGCGGCUUAUAAGGAGGGCAAGUUCAGUACGGAGAGCCUCCAGAAAUCAAACCUCCGCUACCAGGACAUUCUCACCGAAAUCCCCAUCCAAGUCCAUAACUCCCACCUCCUCACCUCCUACUUCCAUCAACUCCCAACCAACCCCACAACCUCAACCCUCACACCGACCCUCCCAGCCUCAACCAACGAACUCCUCCGCAACACAGCCAUAGCCAACAACCCCUUCGCCCCCAACCUCGAAAACCUGGACCUGAGCAUUGACCCCUUCCUAGAAAAAACCUGCGACCAACUCCUCGACAGCAUCGAAGCCCACCAAACCGAACAAAACAACGCACAAUACUACCAACGCAGUCUGGCGCGCGAACAAGCCAAGAUCCAGACGUGGCAGCAGAAGCGGAAACAGGAGAAUGCGUUGCGGACGCAGCAGAAACAGACGCUUUUGCCGGAGGAUGAAUGGCAGAAGUUGUUUAAGUUGCCGCAGGAGCCGAGUCGGUUGGAGGCGAUGUUGGUCGGGAGGCAGGUGGAGCAGUAUGCAAGACAGGUUGAUGGGUUCUCGGCUGUGGUUAGUGGGAAGAUGUUUGGGGCGAGGGGGAAUUUGAUGCCGGGGGCGGAGGUGUGA